AUGGAGGAGAGUCUGAUUCCUGGAUUGCCUUAUGACGUGAGCUUGCAAAUUAUGGCAAGAGUGCCAAGGCAAUUUUACUCUCAACCUAUGUCCAAGGUUUCUCUCUCCUGGAGGGAUGCCCUAACAAGUCACGCUCUUUUCGCCCAGAGAAAAUUGCUACAGCUAACGGAACCGUGGCUUUACAAAGCUGUGGUGUGCGAGCAUGAGAAUCGAACCUCCAUCCUCUGGUUCGCCAGGAAUGCAGCUGUACAACAUUCAGAGUGGUGGUCGUUGCCGUUAAUGAGGGAAGAUCACAGGCCAAUCUGUGGAUUCAGCUGCGCAGUAAUUGGUGAGCUACUGUUUGUAAUUGGCGGCUGUGAAUGGCAGAGCAAUUGUACCAGUUUUCCGGCGACCAACAAAGCAAGCGUCUUCAAUGCCCGGACAAAUCAGUGGAGUUGCGUGGAGGGCAUGAGAGAUGCCCGGGCAAAUUUCGCCUGCGGAGUAGUUAAUGGUAAAAUAUUUGUUGCAGGUGGAGACAAGUCUGUUGAUGUGGGUACCCAGAAUUUUUAUGGGAUGGAGGAUUUCACGGACUGUAAUUGUCUAAAGUCGGCGGAAAUUUACGACCCAUUGACGAAGAAGUGGGCGGGUGUGGGGAAUAUGAUUCAUGUCAUGCAUUUCGUUAGCGGGCGUGUGGAAAACGGCAGAUUGUUGGUUUGUGGUUUCGUUUGUGAAGGGGAUUUGCAAUUCUGUGAAGUGACAGAGGUAUGGGAAGAAACAGAGAUGAGGUGGGUACAACUUCAUCUGGAAAGUCCAACUGAUAUUUCCAUGUAUGACUCUGGUGUCAUCACAAUCUUGUCUAAUAGCUGCCAACCAGAGUCUUAUGGAUUGAUUGAAAUGGAAAAUGAGGAAGAGGUAAAUGAUUUUGGAGACGGGUUAUGUGAAUGUGAAGGGUAUCGCCAAGCCUGCCUUGUAAUAACGCUGUGA